CAUCAAAUAAAUGGCGAAAAAAAUUGUGCUCUCAAAACCAUUGACACUUGAAAGCCAAUCAGAUUCCGACAAGAACUAUGAAGCUUCAAACAUUCUGCAGCGCAUACUAAGUCUCUUUAAGAAUGUGCGGCGAGGAUCUGAACUCUCUUGCUUCAAGCUGCCACCUGUGUUCAACAUGCCAAAGUCACAACUUCAGUGCUAUGCGGAAUCCGUAUAUUGCACAUCAUUAGACUUGCUGAAAAACAUUAACAGUGGGAAGACAGCACUAGAUAGACUCAUAUCAGUUGCAGCAUGGAACAUUUCUACCACACGCCCUCCAAGGUUUGGAGUUGCUCCCUAUAAUCCAACUCUUGGUGAGACUCAUCAUGUUUCCAAAUACAACCUUAACGUCUUACUCGAGCAGAUUUCACACCACCCUCCAGUAUCAGCCCUCCAUGCCACUGAUGACAAAGAAAACAUAGAAAUGAUAUGGUGCCACUUUCCUGUUCCAAAAUUCACUGGUACAUCAGUAGAAACUAAGGUGCACGGCAAACGGCAGCUGAAGCUACACAAUCAUGGGGAGACAUACGAAAUGAAUUCUCCUAAUCUUAUCAUCAGAAUUCUUCCACUUCCUGGAACUGAUUGGGUUGGCAAUGUCAGUAUCCGGUGCCUAGAAACAGGACUUGUGGCAGAAUUAAGUUAUAUAAGCCAAUCUUUCUUUGGAUUCGGGGGAAAUCGAAGACUGAUUAAAGGGAAGAUCUUCGAUUCUUUGUCCAUGAAAAUUCUGUGCAAAAUUGAAGGUCAUUGGGAUAGUACUGUAACAGUGAAGAAUACAACUAAUGCAGAAGAAGAAAGAGUGAUAUAUGAUGCUAAACAAGUUAUUUCAGGGCUCCAAGCUCCUGUUGUCAAGGAUCCAGAGAGUGUGUGGCCAACAGAGACAGCUCUUGUUUGGGGUGAGUUGAGCCAAGCAAUUAUGAGCAAAGAUUGGGAAAAAGCAAAAGAAGUAAAGAAGAAUGUGGAGGAAAGACAGAGGGAACUCCAAAGAGAAAGAGAGUCGAAAGGGGAAACUUGGGUUCCUAAACACUUCACGGUGUCUUAUAGUAAAGAAGAGGGCUGGAACUGUUCUCCAAUUCGAAAGAGGGUCCCAAACAGUCCUAUUGUCGCUUUGUAA